AUGACUGGGGGGAGCGAGAGCGAGAGCAAAGUCAACUUGAGUAGGAUAGAGACAGAGACAGAGACAGAGACAGAGACAGAGACAGAGACAGAGACUGAGAAAGAGAUAGAGAUAGAGAUAGAGAUAGAGAUAGAGACAGAGACAGAGACAGAGACAGAGACAGAGACAGAGACUGAGAAAGAGAUAGAGAUAGAGAUAGAGACAGAGAUAGAGACAGAGACAGAGACAGAGACAGAGGAAGAGAUAGAGACAGAGAUAGAGGAAGAGAUAGAGACAGAGAUGGAGACAGAGAUAGAGACAGAGACAGAGACAGAGACAGAGGAAGAGAUAGAGACAGAGAUAGAGGAAGAGAUAGAGAUAGAGAUGGAGACAGAGAUGGAGACAGAGAUGGAGACAGAGGAAGAGAUAGAGCAAGAGAUAGAGCAAGAGAUAGAUACUUGGAGAGCAGGAGAAAAGGACAAGAGAGACAGGCAUGCACCCGGAUAA